CUGGCGCGUGAGCCUGUGCUCCAGAGUCGCUACUGGCAGCCAUUUCCUACCCUUUGUAGCUCUAAGGACAAUGACGACACGCCUUGUCCUGGAGACAUCAGUUACGAGGAAAGAACUCCUCCCAGUAGCCCGCGGCGCCAUCACGUCCUCCCGCCACCGGCUGUGAGAUUGCUGACGUGUGCUACGACUGUGUGCUGUGGACCCGUGGUGUUACGUGACAGUGCAGUGCAGUGCAGCGUGUGGCAGUGUAUUACAGUGCAGUGUGCGGCGCUGUCUUCCCGCCACACCACGCACACUGACACAUUUGCUCUCACAUCUACGAGUGAUUUCCCGGCAUGGCGCGGUCAAAACGACGUCCCAAGCCUCCCAGACGAGUUGAGGAGGAAGAUGAGGGGACGCCGGGACAACCAGACAGCCUGUCACAGACGUUGGCUGGUGCUACCGCAGGCGCGGGUGAAGCGGCGGCCCCGGACACCGCCGCCCACCUCCGCCCGCCACCCGCCCAUCACCACCACUCCACCCAGGUCGCCACACCAUGCACCUUCUCACACACCUGUCUACCCUGAUUUCUCAGUAUUUUUCCAAUGGGCGCGCUCGGAGCGGCUCCGGUACCCACCCACCUGUGCAGAAAGCAGCUGUCACACCUCCGCCGCCACUGUCACACGACGUGUGAGUGUUUCGCUCAUAUACGUGACUCCAACAACGAGGCAUUGCGUCGGCGAGCCUUCACUAGCUGUCGGCAGGCGAGGCGAGCCCUUCUCCGAGUUUCUCGUCAGACUGAAGACCCUGGCGGAGGAAUUCGACAUCUGUAAGGCUCACCACCUGGACUGUGAAGAGGCAUGGAUGAAGCACGGUAUCUUGACAGGCGUCCACGACGAGGAAUUGGUGACCAAGAUUGUGUCCCUCGACGCCGCCUCUACUCUUGCUGACGUCAUCAACGUAUGCAGGGCCCACGAGGCGACGCGGUCAGCCGCCUCUGCCAUACGUGCCUCACCUACAGUGUCUGCUGUCUCAACGUAUAAACAGACGAAGAAAGCAGCACACAAACCUGGAGUCCCCCCUCGCCAACCUUCACCCACUCAUCGGGCGCCUACCUCCUGCAGCAGCUGCGGCAGGCGAGACCACGGCCCGAAGGGCUGCCCAGCAACAGGUGUUACGUGCAGAGGUUGUGGGAAGACUGGCCACUACGCUUUGAUGCCCAAAUGCCCAGCCAGGCAGUCUACAUGCACUGCUUGUAAUCGUCUGGGGCACCUGGAGAAAGUCUGCAAGCAAACCAAGGCAAGGAGGUCUCAUGAGGGCCCACCUGAGGCCUCAUGUCAGUCUCCUAUCAGUACUCGUGAUGACCCGACACCUCCUACUGUACGAGUGGAAGUGUUGCAUGACGGUCACUCUGGUAGUCUGGACUUCAUUCCCGACACUGGUGCCGACACGACGGUCAUCGGCCCACAGCGCUUGAGAAUGUUGGGCAUCGACAGACAGGCUCUUGGUCCUCCUCCAUCCCUUGCCUACUACAACGCUGAUGGGACGAAGAUGUCUGCUGCCCUCGGUUCGCUCCAGGCCACACUAGUUUACGGCGAGCUGUCUUGUACGGGCUGGAUAGAUGUGCAGGCGUGCCUGCGUUACCUCUUCUCAGCACCACUUCCCCAGACGCAGCGAAGAGUAAUUCUUGAGGGAGUACCAGGAUGUCCUCUUGACAAAGGAUUCCACACAGGAUGCUCCCUCAAGCCGAUGUCUGGACCGCCGAUGAGGAUCCACUUACGAGACGACGCCCAGCCGUUUGCUGUCCACACGCCGAGGCUUAUUCCUUUGGCCUACAGGGACGCAGUGAAAGCUGAGCUGGACUCUAUGGUGGCACGAGGCGUUAUUGCUCCUGUUGGUGACGUCCCAUCUUAUUGGUGUCAUCCAAUGGUUGUUGUGCCGAAACCUGGUGGAGGUGUCAGGAUCACUACGGACUUGAGUAAGUUGAACGCACAAGUAUCUCGGCCUGCACACCCAUCACCCACGCCUUUUGCAGCCAUCUGGAGCGUCGAUGCCAGGGCACGCUACUUCACCACGAUUGACGCGUUGUGUGGAUAUUGGCAGAUACCCUUGCAUGAGGACGACCAAGCCCUGACUACGUUCAUCACUCCAUAUGGGCGCUUCAAGUACCUCCGAGGUCCCAUGGUUUUCGCAGCCACAGGCGACGCCUUCUGCCUCCGAGGAGACAUCGCGCUACAGGGAGUGCCACAGUGUGUCAAAGUCGUGGAUGACAUUCUCGUGUACGACGAGGAUUACUUCACACAUCUACGCCACGUUAACGACAUCUUGGCCAGAUGCCGAGCCCAUGACAUCACUUUAAAUGCCAAAAAGUUUGUGCUGGCGGCUCCAUCGGUGUCCUUCUGCGGCUACAGGCUCUCCCAUGACGGCAUCGCAGCAGACCCUGACAAGGUUCGAGCCAUCACUGAGUUUGCUACGCCUGCUACGUUGACCGACCUUAGGUCCUUCAUGGGCCUUGUCAACCAGCUCGCCAGCUUCUCGCCCGACCUCGCUGCCACUGCUGCGCCUCUACGCCCACUUUUGAGCCCCAAGAAGUCGUUUGUGUGGACGCCCGACCAUGAGCAAGCCUUCCAACGUGUGAAGAUGGCCUUGGCCAGCCCACCAGUCCUUGCUGCCUUUGACCCUGCUCUCCUUACGACUCUGCAGACCGAUGCUUCCCGCCUGUAUGGGCUGGGUUAUGCCUUACUGCAGGACCACGGUGGUGGACAGCAGCGUCUCAUCCAGUGCGGCUCACGUUUCUUGACGGAUACAGAGACCCGAUAUGCGACGAUCGAGUUAGAGAUGUUAGCUGUCGUAUGGGCCAUGGGGAAGACCAAGUUCUACCUCACAGGAUUGCAACACUUUAACCUCGUCACCGAUCAUCGCCCUCUGGUUCCCAUCCUAAACAGCUACUCCCUUGACGCUAUAGAGAAUCCACGUCUACAACGCCUCAAGGAGAAGAUCGCCUCGUAUAUCUUCACAGCUGUAUGGCGCCCAGGCAAGGAGCUGUGUAUCCAGGACGCUCUAUCUCGCUCUCCUGUUGGCUACCCAACGCAUGCUGACGAAGUCCUUGGCAAUGAUACCGGCUUCCAAGUUAGGAGUAUCGCUACACUACGUGCGAUGGAGUCUCUUGCUCCGUUGGUGCCUCCUGAUGUUGCAGAAGCACCUGGCAGUGACCUCGCCCUUGAGGAGCUUCGUAAGGUGGCAACCGAGGACCCCGAGUACGUCCAGCUCCUUUAUUUUGUGAAGAACGGAUUCCCUAUGGACAGGUACGCCCUCCCCAACGUGCUACGCCCGUACUGGAAGUUACGGGAAGACCUCUACUGUGAUGAAGAUCUCGUCCUGUACGGUGCACGAGUGUUGGUGCCUACAGCUCUACGUCGCCGUGUCUUGGCCCGCCUGCACGACAGCCAUCGUGGUGUCGAAGCCACCAAGCGCCGUACUAGGCAGGCUGUGUUCUGGCCAGGCGUGGAUGCAGACAUUGCCAACACUGUUCGAGCAUGUGAGCCGUGCCAGAUUCUGCAGCCCAGUCAACAGCAAGAACCAAGACUCUGUGAUGACAACCCAACUCGACCAUUCGAGUCCAUUUCUGCUGAUUACUUCUCAGUUGCAGGGAAGACUUUCUUAGUCAUUGCAGAUCGUCUGUCCGGCUGGCCUGUCGUCGUGUCCUGUGGCACUGAUACGACGUCUGCUGCCACCAUUCGCCACUUCCGCCGCCUCUUCAGGGACCUGGGUGUUCCUGUACGCCUGCGCACGGACGGUGGCCAUCAGUUCGCCAGCCGGGACUUUUCUACGUUCCUCGAGCGCUGGGGAGUCCUUCACGACACAUCGAAGCCCCAUUACCUACAGUCUAACGGCCAUGCCGAGUCUGCAGUGAAGGCCGUGAAGCACUUCAUCCAGAAGUUGGCACCGUCUGGCAAUAUAGACUGUGAGGCGUUCGACAGGGGUCUCCUGGAGCUUCGGAACACCCCAACCAGACGGGUCGCUCUCCAGCUCAAGUCCUGUAUGGUCGCCCUUUACGCUCUUGCGUCCCCGCACAUGCCAGCGCCUUCCAGAAACAGUGGCAGCCAGGGACGAGUUGCGACCGUCGAGCUGCUGCCCGUCUCCGUGAUGCCACAAGUCGCUAUGACGCUCACGCUCGGCCUCUUCCACCCCUGCAGCGGUGACGUGGUUCGGAUCCAGGACCCGACUACGCAGCGGUGGGAUAAGGUUGGCACCAUCAUGGGCGUUGGCAGGUCACGGGCUUACCUGCUCAAGAUGCCAAGUGGCCGAGUGUGGUGGAGGAACAGGCGCUUCCUCCGCACUGCUCCACCCUAA